UAAUAAUAAUAAAAUAAAACGAGAUACCAGAUAAUUAAAGUUUCAAAAAAAAAAAAAAAAAAAAAAAAAUUGUUUCGUUGACGAAAUGAUUAUUUGAGAAGGAAAACAUCUGAAAGGGAUGGUUUGAAGAAAAAAGACUUGGACUCGCGCAGAAAUAAAGGGGUGCACAUUCCUAACGGGAAAGACAAGGGCAGGGUUUAUUUUUUCUUUUCAUCAAUACUACGGUUAAUGACCAGUUUGUAUUGAGAACAUUGCAACAAGGAAUACCGGGAUAGAGUCAGAGACGGAGUCCAUAAGGAUCGAGAAUGUCAGGACGGCCUAGAACCACCUCCUUUGCAGAGAGCUGCAAGCCAGUGCAGCAGCCAUCAGCCUUCGGGAGCAUGAAAGUCAGCAUUGUAGGAGACAAGGAUGGCAGCAAAGUAACCACAGUAGUGGCGACACCCGGCCAGGGCCCAGACCGGCCACAGGAGGUUACCUACUCCGACACCAAGGUGAUUGGGAAUGGCUCCUUUGGGGUGGUGUACCAGGCCAAGCUGUGUGACUCUGGAGAGCUGGUUGCUAUCAAGAAGGUCCUACAGGACAAGCGCUUCAAGAACCGGGAGCUUCAGAUCAUGAGGAAGCUGGAUCAUUGUAACAUUGUCCGGUUGCGCUAUUUCUUUUACUCCAGUGGGGAGAAGAAGGAUGAAGUCUAUCUGAACCUGGUGCUGGACUACGUUCCUGAGACAGUAUAUAGAGUCGCCAGACACUACAGCCGGGCAAAACAGACCCUCCCCAUGAUCUAUGUGAAGUUAUAUAUGUAUCAGCUAUUCCGGAGUUUAGCAUAUAUCCAUUCCUUUGGAAUCUGCCAUCGGGACAUUAAACCACAGAACCUGCUGCUCGACCCUGAAACGGCAGUGCUCAAGCUUUGUGAUUUCGGAAGUGCAAAGCAGUUGGUCCGAGGAGAGCCCAACGUGUCCUACAUCUGCUCGCGGUACUACAGGGCACCAGAGUUGAUCUUUGGUGCUACUGAUUACACCUCCAGUAUAGAUGUGUGGUCAGCUGGCUGUGUGUUGGCUGAACUUUUGCUAGGACAACCAAUCUUCCCUGGUGACAGUGGAGUGGAUCAGCUAGUAGAAAUCAUUAAGGUUCUGGGAACACCGACAAGGGAACAGAUUCGAGAGAUGAAUCCAAAUUACACUGAAUUCAAAUUCCCUCAGAUUAAGGCACAUCCGUGGACUAAGGUGAGUCAACAGCCUUCUGUCGCUCGGUUCCAGGUCUUCCGGCCUCGGACCCCACCGGAGGCCAUUGCUCUGUGCAGCCACCUGCUGGAGUACACCCCCACUGCCCGCCUGACACCACUAGAGGCGUGCGCACACUCGUUCUUCGAUGAGCUGCGGGACCCAAACGUCAAGCUACCAAACGGACGAGAGAAACCUAAUCUUUUCAACUUCACCACUCAAGAGCUGUCUAGCAACCCUUCCCUGGCUGCAAUCCUUAUCCCAGCUCACGCACGGAAUCAGGCCAGCACCUCAAACCCCACAAAUGCUUCUGCAACAACAGAAGCUAACGCAGAUCGUGGCCAGACCACCAACGCAGCUUCUUCAGCAUCUGCAGCAAACUCUACCUGAACCCGACGAAUAGAGUCGGAGAGCCAAAUAUGAGUUGCAAAUAAAUCAAACCUAAAAACAAACAAAUAUUGAGGAAAGAAGCCCUGUUCAUUUUUUUAUUUUUUUUAUUUGUAAAUUAAACAUAUAAAUACUGUUUUCAUUUCGUGCUCAAGGGAAUUUUGGAGGAAUGCGGAGCAAUAUAUAGAAAUAUACACAUUUCUCCCUUGACAAUCUUUUUAUUGAAGUUAUGACAACAUUGUAGCAACCUACCCUCAAACAGCAAAACAAGAUAUCAACCACCACUCUCAUUUCUCCUUUCUUCUUUCCCCAGACACUAUUCUUUUCUCUUAUCCUUAAUAUCCCUGGAAUUGUGGAGCCUCAUUGAGAACAGGACAGCUUUCCAUUCAGCUUUGUUUCUGGGUUGUAAAAUAGUGCACGGCUUGAAUUUGGUUGGGAGCACAGAGUAAAAGAAUUAUAUUGACAAGCAUCAUCAACUUUUUUUUUUUUUUGACAUUUAUGGAAAAAAAGCAUUUUAUUUGUCUAAUUCAAAUAGCCUACAGGUAGCAGACCCAUGCUUUUAAACGGAGGAUCCUGGAUUUUUGCUCAUGCCAUUUUUAUGGAUGGCUUCAUUAUUAUUAUUAUUAUUAUUAUUAUUAUUAUUAUUAUUAUUAUUAUUAUUAAUAU